AUGGCAAACGUUGAGAACCUGAAUCAGUUGUUCCAGGUGAAGGGCAAAUGUCCGGUAAGUGGAUGCGGUCGCAUGCUAAUCCCCAUGGAGAUGUUGGCCCAUUUGCUGAUGUACCAUGCGACCGAGGAGGCGGCCAUGCAUGACGUAUUCGCUGGCGAUGUAUCCAUGUAUGGCAUUGAUCUCCAGCAAAUGCAACCAGGUGAAAAUCAUUGCAUUGCCAAGCUGUCGUUUGUCCAUAGGUCGGAUUAUGAUAAGGAACCGAGUCAGCGUCAAAUUUGCAAGCAAAUGCCUAUCAUGAUGAUGCUUUAUGUGACCACCUGGGCAAGUCUGAUUGCUAGUAAAUUUGUUGAGGAGCAUAUUAUUCCGCCAAGCCGAUCGCCGGAUCAGAUUGAUAACAUGAAAGUUUAUCUAAUCUAUUUGAUCAGUUGCAGCACAUCGCGUAGAGCUACCGCUGAUAUUCUAGCUCUAGAUGCCAACCGAAAACGGGUCUGCUAUGGAGCACGGGUCAUUCGUAAUUAUGCCGAUUCCCCAUUGGUGGCCACUCACUUGGAGCCUUUUGGUUGCGAUUUUCUAUAUUUUACAGCAGCGGAUGUGGCCUAUUUAAAUGAAGGCCCCACCGAGCAAACAAUGGAGGCGGAGCAAACUGAGCCAACGAUGAAGCCAAAGCAGUUGCUACUGCGGCUGGUGAUGCGGGGCGAACCAGAUUUAUUUUAA